GAGAAUUUCACUUUUCUAGUAAAAAGAUGACCACUUUUGAAGAGCAAAGCCAGUAUUUAGAACCUAGUGAAAUCAAAUUAUUUCAGAGAUGGGAUAUUAACGAAGUGGAGGUGGGAGAUCUCUCGUUACAAGAUUAUUUAGUUCCUAGUAAAAAGUGUGCAGUUUUCUUCCCGCACACUGCUGGUCGUUACGCGGUGAAACGGUUUCGCAAAACGCAAUGCCCCAUCGUUGAGCGUUUAUUAAACGCUCUUAUGAUGCACGGACGCAAUAAUGGUAAAAAGUUAAUGGCUUGUAGAAUUGUCAAGCACGCUUUUGAAAUAAUUUAUUUACUUACGGGAAAAAAUCCUCUUCAGAUUUUGAUUCACGCCAUAAUUGCCUCUGGUUGUCGCGAAGAUUCGACACGCAUCGGUUCUGCUGGAACUGUACGCCGCCAAGCCGUGGAUGUUUCCCCGUUGCGCCGUGUAAAUCAAGCACUAUACUUGCUUACUUCGGGAGCUCGUUUAGCUGCUUUUCGUAAUAUGAAAACGAUAGCCGAAUGCCUGGCCGACGAGCUUAUUAACGCUGCGAAGGGGUCCUCUAAUAGUUACGCCAUUAAAAAGAAAGAUGAAUUAGAGCGUGUGGCUAUGUCUAAUCGAUAA